GCUCUGUUUGGUUGGAUCUAUCUGCUACCCUUUCUCUCGGCGGUGGGUCGGAGCCGCUGUCCCUGGCCUCGCAUGUUCCCCUCUAAAUUCCUGUUUUGAAUUCGAUGCCCCUCUUGUAGAUUUGAUCCAUUUACACGCCUCUGUAAGGCCACAGUUGGGCGUCCAUACACCGGUGUUUUAUUUGUCCCAGUAACGUUAUUAGUCGUUUAAAGACUUUGACCCGAACAUGGCUGUGGUGAGCGGAUCGUCUGGGCCGGUUGCCCGGCUUGAGGGCCGUGAAUUCGAAUACAUGAUGAAAAAGCGCUCGGUGACCAUCGGCCGGAACUCGUCUCAGGGCUCCGUGGACGUGAGUAUGGGCCACUCCAGCUUCAUCUCCCGGAGGCAUCUGGAGAUAUUCACCGCCAGCGACGACGGCACCGGUAGCGGAGAUUUCUACCUGAGGUGUCUCGGUAAAAACGGGGUGUUUGUAGAUGGAGUGUUCCUCCGACGGGGCGCCCCUCCUCUGCAGCUACCACGAAUGUGCACUUUCAGGUUCCCCAGCACAAACAUCAAGAUCACUUUCACAGCGCUGUCCAGUGGGAAGAAAGUGAAGCGCGAAGCUCCCGAGUCCCCAGUGAAACCAGUACAGCCCCAGAUCUCCCCUUUGACCAUCAACAUUCCAGACAACAUUGCUCACCUAAUGAGCCCCCUGCCAUCGCCCACUGGCACCAUUAGUGCUGCUAACUCGUGCCCCUCCAGCCCGCGGGGUGCCGGCUCAUCAGGCUACAGGAUGGGCGGGCGCAUGGUCAGCUCUGCGGAGCUGCAGCUCAUGAAUGACAACUCCCAGCCUGAGAACGACAAAGACGCCUCUGGAGGGGACAGUCCCAAGGAUGACUCAAAACCUCCGUACUCCUAUGCACAGCUGAUAGUCCAGGCCAUAACCCUGGCUCCGGACAAGCAGCUCACACUAAAUGGCAUCUACAAUCACAUCACAAAGAACUACCCCUACUACAGGACCGCAGACAAGGGCUGGCAGAACUCGAUCCGUCACAACCUGUCGUUGAACCGUUAUUUCAUCAAAGUGGCGCGGUCGCAGGAGGAGCCAGGCAAAGGCUCAUUCUGGAGGAUAGACCCGUCCUCGGAGGGAAAGCUCAUCGAGCAGGCUUUCAGGAAGCGAAGGCCCCGGGGCGUGCCCUGCUUCCGGACCCCACACGGACCUCUCUCUUCUAGGAGUGCCCCGGCGUCUCCCAAUCACUCGGGGGUUCUCUCUGCUCACUCCAGUGGCGUCCAGACCCCCGACAGCCUAUCACGAGAGGGCUCUCCGGUUCCUCUGGAACUGGAGACCUCCUCGGCUCCUGCCCCGGCGUUCACCACGGUGGUCCAGCCCAAACUGGCAGUCAUCCAGGAAGCACGCUUUGCACAAAACACAUCAGGCUCGCCUGUUAACAACCAGCCGGUACUCAUAGCAGUCCAGCGUCAGUUACCUCAAAGCAUGAAGCCAGUGACCUACACCAUGGCCUCCCCAGUGAGCACCAGCACCUCCCAGCCUGCUGUCCAGACUGUCCACGUCCUGCAGCAGAUUCCGGCCGGGUCCCUCAGCUCGGCCGCCGUCAUCACCCAGCCAGCCACCAUCAUCAAGAGCGAGCCGCAGGAGAACGGAGAGCGCACAGGGCUUAAAGUCAAAGUGGAGACAGUUCCCACCAUCACCUCUAUAGGCGGCUCCAGUCGCAUCAUCCAGACCUCCCAGUCUGGCACCGCCCUGCAGACUGUUACCAUAGUGCAGCAGGCGCCCAUGGGUCAGCACCAGCUGCCUAUAAAGGCCAUCACACAGAACGGCACCCACAGCAUCACCACUGCCAUCCAUGGACCCGCCAGCUCAGCUGUGGCGAGCCCACUCCACCUGCUGGCAGCCCACGCCUCGGCCUCGGCCUCCCUCCCUACCAAGCGACAGAACGGGGACCAGGCGGCCAGCGAACAGCCCGACGCCAAGCGCAUCAAAUCAGAGGAGGGGGCGGCAUCGCUCACCGCGGCGGACUCAGACUCGUCGGCAGCUAACAACCCAGGCCUCAACUAGUCUGUACAGCCACACACCACACAAACCCCCUCCCCCCACCACUACCACCACAACCACCUUCUUCUCCCCCCACGGUUUCUCUCUCUCUCUCUCUCUCUCUCUCUCUCUCUCUCUACACCCCCGUCGUCUCUUUUGUUUCUCCUCCUUACUACCACUGACUCCUGAGGUGCCAAACGGAGAGGAUUCUGUUUCAAUUUUUCAGUUUGGAUUUAUCUGUUCUAGAACAACACAAGAACAUAAAAUAACGUCCACCCCUUUAAAAACUGGAAUGUGGGUUGAGAUCAAAAUAAAGCAAUGGGACUAGGAUGAACUUGAAGGUGUCCCCUGUGAGCCACUAAAACAGGAGAGUGACUAAAAA